AUGGAAGAGACGUAUCUGCUUAACCAUCCUGGAGUGAAAAAGAAGAUUCUGCAUGGAGGUCAAGGACCAUUGCCACAUUUUCCAAAGGGAACUAAGCUGGUGUUCCACUUCCAAACCCUGUUGGACAACUUUGAGAGAACAGCGAUUGAUGACAGUCGCAAAAACAAGCAUCCCACAGAAAUUUUCGUGGGGAAAAUGUUCAAGAUGGAGGUGUGGGAGGUGUUAUUAACCUCUAUGAGGAUCGGAGAGGUGGCAGAGUUUUGGUGCGAUGCCAUUCACACAGGCCUUUAUCCCAUCGUCUCUAAAGGGAUGCGAUUGGCUGCUCAAGGGAAGGACCCUCUGGAGGGCCAAAAACACAUGUGUGGCAUGGGAAAUGUGUUUCACUACCACUCUACAGGCUUCCCAGAGCUUGAUGAGAUAAUGAGGACACCACAGCCUCUAAUCUUCAUCAUGGAGCUAAUCUCGCGUGAGUCCUGGAUGAUGGAGAAGGACGAGAAGUUAAAAGCCGUACCCUCGCUUCAUCUCCUGGGCAAUGCUCUGGUCAAGCAGGGCCGCUUCCGUGAAGCAGCAGAGAAGUACCAGGAGGCUGUGAUUUUGCUGCGUACAGUCCAAUCCAGGGAGAUGCCAGGAGAUGAGGACUACAUUAAUCUGGGCAGGCUUAUUAUUCCUCUGGUGCUGAACUACUGCCAGUGCAUGUUAGAGCUGGAGGAGUAUUACGAGGUCAUCGAACAUACAACAGAGCUCCUGGACAAACACAAAGACUGCGUCAAGGCCUACUACAAGCGUGCGAAGGCCUAUGCAGCUGUGUGGAGCGAGAAGGAGGCCAGGAAAGACUUCCUAAUGGUAGCUAACCUAGACGUAACACUGUCCAAGUUGAUUCACAGAGAACUGAAUCUUCUCUCUGAGAGAAUGAAGGAGAAAUACUGGGAGGAUAAAGAAAGGUACUGGAACAUUCUAGAAGACAAACAAAAGAGUGAAAGCAAACAAGAGGAAUAUGAGAUGGAAAAAGAGGAAAGCAAAGGAGAAUAUUCUCAGUCCCCUGAAGAGGUCAAAAAAGAAGAAGAGAGAAAGAAUCCAUCAGCACUGGAGGAAAACAAGCAUGACACCAAAAGUGAAGAGUCGGCAGCAGAGGCCAAUCGCAGGAUAACAGCUCUGACCGAGGGCAAGGACUGGCAGCAGAUGCUACGGCUAAUUAUGCUCCUCCAGGAUGAAGGCAAUUUCUAUGUAAAAGAGCAUCUCUAUGCUGAGGCGACUGCCAAGUUUAAGGAGGCUCUGGAGUAUAUAGACUAUCUCCAAACUAAGGUGGAACAUAAAGGAGAAGACUGGGAAUCUCUGGAGAAAGUUAGUCUGCCACUCUGUCUAAACCUCAGCCAAUGUAAGCUGGAGCUUGGGGAAUACCAAGAAGUGGUGGAACUCAAUACUAAACUGCUGAAGAAACAUAAAGACAAUCUGAAGGCUGUGUACCAGCGUGCCCGGGCUCACUCUGCAUUAUGCAAUGAAGAUGAGGCUCGCCGAGAUUUCACCAGGGUCCUGCAACUGGAUCCCGAGUUCAAGCCUUUCGUUAAGCAGGAGAUUAAGAAAAUGGGUGAGAACAUCCGAGAAAAGUGUGUCAGCGAAAACAAAAACUACUGGAUUAGCAUGCAGGAGAAGUGGGAGAAGGCACAGGCCAAGAGGGGAAAGAUAAUGGAGAAGAAAGGCGUUAAAUGGGCAGAUGAGAGUAAGAUGUUGACAGUCAGCAAGGACGAAGGACAAUGGGGACGAUCAGGCAGCAGUGGCAAAACAGAAGUGAACUCCAGUGUCGGCACAGGUAAUAAAGAUGAGAAGACAAAGAGCCAGAGCACAAAUGAGGAGAGCUCUUUGAACCUGAAAGAAGCAAAGGCAGAUAAUAAAACUGUAGAUAAAGACAGGGAUCCAGUUCAAAGCAAUGUGCUGGGAGAUAGUACAGAGGGUACACAAAUAUCAGAAACAGAUAGCAGGGCCAAAGAAACUCAACUGACCAAUGAAACUGCAAUGGGAAAAGAGGGCCAAGAUGAGACUACCAAUACAAAUGGAGAAUAUCUUCCAAAGCCAGACAAAAAUAAAAGUACAUCAGGGGAAGAAAGACUGGCAGAGCAGAGAGACAUGACUGAUGAUGGGAGAACAGAGAAAAGCAAGACAGCUACUGAAUUAAAGUUGAAGGCUAGCAUUGAGGUACCAACAGGGGAAUCAUCUGCAAAGCCUGAAAAGUCUACCCAAAAAGUGAAACGAAAACAAAGAAAAAAGAAAUAGACUAAUAAAUAUUAAAAUAAUGAUUAACCCGAAAAUGAAUAUUCUGUCAUUCAAACCUGUGUGACUUGAUUUUUUCAGUAAAACCCAAAAGCAGAUGUUUAACAGAACAUUAGCUCUCAAAUCACAUUCUCACUUCUACAUAUUCAAACUUGGUUACAAGAUAUGCGAAAACCAUGGUGUAACACAUCUUGAGGUGCCAUAUUUGUAUAUACGUUUAUGAGAUUUGGAAGUUAAGCCCAAAACAUGCUCUACACAGAGGCUUCUAGCUACACAAGCUCAAUUUCGUGCAUUGUUGCAUUCUAAAAUGUCGGACCGCAACUCAUAACUCAAUACAAGUAUGCAUUGUAUUCGCAAUGUUGCUGCUAGGGGCGCUAUAGCGGAGAUUAGUGUGAACUACUGCCCUGGCAAAGCCACCGUUUGCUGUGUAAAUAAAUUAGUCAAUGUAUUUAUAGCAACUUGCCAGCAUAAUUACGAAUCUGAUUUUAUAGCACAAACUUUUGAAGGUAACUCUAUCGCCGCCUUGAGUACUGAAGUUUGUUACUGCCACAGUAAUGCAAGAAUGCAUGUUAAAGGACCCAAAAAUUCAGCCAAAAAUGAAAAAUCUCUCAUCAUUUACUCAUC